UGCAAGUUCGGACAUCAGUUGGCGAAAUUUCGCUCCCCAAAUUCAAAUUCCAAAAGGUCCCCCGCCCUAACGGGGUUGGGCGACCAUGCCACCGCCUUACACCACCACACAAGCACCGUCUCCGUCCAAACAGCCUCUAGACUCUCUUAUCUACUCACAUAAAUCCUGGUCGCCGGACCUACACCGAGACGAGGAAUGGAUCAGGCGGAAGGGCAAACACAACCACCACCAGAGGAGCAAGAGCGUCACAGAUGAGGAUAUCGAUGAGCUCAAGGCAUGUAUCGAGCUAGGUUUUGGCUUCGAACAUUCUCCUAAAUUGGAUGACCGCCUCUCCAAUACUUUACCGGCGUUAGGGUUCUACCACGCCGUCAACAAACAAUACUUUGAUACGAUCUCCAAGUCUUCGUCAAUUUCGUCGUCGGUAUCUUCAUACUCGUACGCUGUCUCCGAGCCCGAUUUAUCUUCUCCGGCGAGCAGCCCCCACGCCAUAUUCGGCCGCGGUGAUAAUCCACAUACUGUGAAGACAAAAUUGAGACAAUGGGCACAAGUUGUUGCUUGUUCAGUGCGGCAAUCAUCGUCAUCAUCAUCAAGUUGACUACAAGAUCAAGUUCAAACACAAGAAUGAAUCAAAUCAAAUCAAAUCAAACUCAACCACGGUUAGAUCACAAGUAACUCUAACCCAACAAACAAGUAGUUGAAAGAACUGAUCUAGAUUUGAUGAUAUCAGCAUCUCUAAUUGGGUUGAAUCCACGUAACAAGUACAUGCUUUGUUGCUUUAAUAUUUGGUCAUUAACAUUUGCUUUUGUAUGAUGAUAUGAGCUAGCUUUCGGUUGUUUUUAACUUUUAAUGUUUUUGUUUUACCUUUUUUUUUUUUUUUUUCUUGAGUGCAAUUUCUCUUUCUUUUUUCAUGGGAUUUUUGGUGAUUUAUUGUCUCCCAGCUUUAUGUAAACGCGUUUGAUGAUUAUAUUUUUUGCUUUCCA